UGUCUGACUGUUUACAUUUUUAAUUCGUGUCUUCGUAAAAUUAAUUUGAAGGUUAAAACAAUUAAAAUGUCGCAGGCAAAUUUAAAUUACUUGUCAACUCUUUUAAAAAUUUCCUUAGAUGAACUCAAAAAAAUUGAGAUUCCUGAAAAAAGUGUCAUUGUUACUUCAAUUAGAGAUCUUUCUCCACCAACACCCGAAGAGGAUCCACCGGUUACCCGAGAAUGGGAUGAAUAUAAUUACGAAUUACAAAGUGUUGAGUAUAUUUGCCAGGAUUGCUUUCGUUCCUUCAGUUCAGCAGAACAACAUCAACAACACGUACUGUCUAAUCAUACGGACAUAAAGUUUAUAAAAACUGAAGAACACGAAUUUGAAACCGAAAAUUGCGACCCGACUGUUUGCAUCAAAGAUGAGACCGCUAAAUUAUUAAUUAAAAACCCGCAUGAUAUAAAUCUUCAUGUGCAUCAUCACCGUCAUCAAUCAGAAGACAAAAAGUCAUUUUCUUGUUCGACAGAAAAAGAACUCGAGUGUUUAUUCUGCAGAAAAGUAUUCGCAAGUAAAAAAAAUUUGAUGCUUCACUUGGAGACCCAUAAAAAAGGUGAUAAUUAUUACUGCGAUAUCUGUCUUUAUACAACACAAUUUUUGUAUACAUUCAAAAACCACAUGAACCAGCACAUCAACGCUGGACUGUUGAUUUGCUACGAAUGUGGUGACUCGUUUGUAUACAAAGCAUCAGUGAAGAAACAUUUGGAAUCUCAUCACAAGUCCGAGUUUCGAAAUUCAAAUCGCUACCGACGUGCGAAAUUUUCUAAAAAAUUGACAGAGGAAUGUCCGUUCUGCAAAAAAAAAUUUUUAAGUAAACACAAUUUGAAACUACACAAUAAAACCCAUAAAAAAGAAACUCACUUCCACUGUAAUGUCUGUCUUUAUAAGACAAAAGAUACUCGAAAGUUUGAAAGUCACAGCAACAAGCACGUGAAUGAUGAAUUACAUCUGUGUUACCAUUGCGGUAGGUCAUAUAAAAUCAAAACUUCGUUAGAAAAACACUUGUAUUAUCAGCAUGGCACCCAGAAUCAGUCGACUGAUAAUCAGGAGUAUCCAAAGAAUCGUGUUGGUAAAAAGCCGAGAGAUUCACUCCAGAAAAAAUUAUCGAACGCCAAAAGUUUGAAACUUGUUAAUACGAAGCAUAAAAAAGUGACUUAUCAAUGCGAUGUGUGUCUCUAUACGACAUUUGUUCGGCAUAAUUUUCACCGGCACAUCAGUAGACACAUGAAUAAUAAACUAUACGUCUGUUAUCAUUGCGGCGUAUUCUGUAGAUUAAAAUCAUCAUUGAAAAAACACUUGAACUUUUAUCGUGAUCCGAAAUCAAAAUCGAUUAAUCAUCAUCAGCAUCCAAGAAAUCGCAUAAAUCUAAAACUUACAUGUUUAUUUUGCCAGAAAAAAUUCACGGAUGUUAAAAGUUUGUGUCGCCACAAAGGGACACAUAAAAAAGGAAAUAAUUAUUACUGCAAUAUAUGUCUUUAUACAACAGCUUCACAAGCUUUGUUUGACAGACACAUCAUGCAGCACCACUUCUAUGAUGACUUAUUUACAUGCUAUCACUGUGGAAGAUCAUUUAGAAAAAAAAUAUCAUUAGAAGAUCACUUAAAGUUUCGGCAUGGUCUCGAUUUUCCAUUUGUUAAGAAUCAUGAUUCAAAAAGUUUUAUAAAUAAAAAGUUCAUGUGUUUAUGUUGCAAUGAAAAAUUUAAAGAUUCUAAAAGUUUGAGUCUUCAUAAAGUGACACAUAAAAAAGGAAACUAUUUUCAUUGCAAUGUAUGUCUUUAUAAGAUAACUAGAUUAGAGAACUUUUAUGCGCACGUGAAGAAACACUUUAAUGAUAAAUUAUAUACAUGCUAUCACUGCGGAGGAUCAUUUAGAAAAAAAAUAUCAUUAGAAGAUCACUUGAAAUUUCGUCAUGAUAUCAAUUUUAAAUUUGUUAAGAAUCAUGAUUCAAAAAGUUUUAUAACUAAAAAGUUCAUGUGUUUAUGUUGCAAAAAAACAUUUCAAGAUUUUAAAAGUUUGAAUCGUCACAAAGCGGCACAUAAAAAAGGAGAUAAUUAUCAUUGCAAUGUAUGUCUUUAUAAGAUAACUAGAUUACAUAAUUUUGAUAAGCACAUGAAGAAACACUUUGAUGAUAACUUAUAUACGUGCUAUCACUGCGGAAGAUCAUUUAAAAAAAAAAAGAUAUUAGAACAUCAUUUGAAUUCUCAUCGUGAUCCCAUAUCUCAAUUUAUUAAUCAUCAUAAUGCAUUUAAUUUUAGACAUUAAAUGUUGCCGUGUAAAUUUUGUCAUAAAAAAUUACGGAUAUCAAAAGUUUGAAACAGCACAGCGAAAUCUAUAACAAGAAAAAUAAUUAUCACUGCAAUGUGUGGGCUUAUGAGACGAAGAAUACCCGAGACUUUUAAAGUCACACCAACAAGCACAUGAACGAUGGAUUACAUACUUGUUAUCAUUGCGGAAAAUCAUUUGGAAUAAAAGCGUCAUUGGAAAAACACUUUAAUUUCUGUCACAAUCCUAAUUUUCGGGCGAUUAAUCGUCCGGAUUAAAGGAAUCGUUUAUAUAAAGGACUGAAGUAUUCAUUUGAAACUUCACGAUGCAAAAUAUGUAAAAGAAGAAAUGAUUAUUAAAGUGGUUUUGAAAAAAUCAUUAACGAACACGUGACUAAAAAUUUACCUGUGCUAUUAUUAGUGAUUAUUUGAAAUUUAAUCGCGAUUUCAAAUUACUUGAGUUGUUUUCAUAAUCCGGACUCUUAAGAUACUGAUCGGUCAUGUUCAGUAAAUCAAUCAAAUGUUUUUCUAUUUUUUUUUUUACUACUCAAUUGAAGAGAUAAUGAGUAAUUAAAUAGAUAAUGAAUAUUAUCUAAUUAAUUAUUAAUCGACGUAAUUAGUUAUAAUCUUUAUAUUCAUUUUUAUAAAAUUAUUUUUUAUGAUAAUAAGAAGCUAUUGGUUUAAUCAUAAGAAGAAAUUAAU